UUCCGAUUAACGAUUUCGGAUUUCGGAUCUGUCUGAAACGAACGAGUUUGGGCUUCUCAAUUCUGUGGCGGCGGUGAAAGAGGCUGACGGAAUUUAUUUCUCGGCGGCCGUUAAAAUAAUGGAGGCGGAGGAUAAGAAGACGAAGAAGAAGAGAAAUAAGAAGAAGAAGAACAAUAAGGCCACCGACGAUAUCCCUGUCUCGGAGAACGGCCAAGUUUCCACCGCCGCCGCUGCCGCUGCCGCAUAUACUAUUUACGACGGCGUCCAAACCUCCGGCAACGGUCAGGUUUCAAAGGCCGCCGAUAAUGCUGUAGAUUCGAAUAAGCACGAGGCCAACGGCACCGAACGUUCGUUAUUAGCUGAAUCUGAGAAUAAGGAUUGGCUUCAAAGAGAGGCUAAGCUAGAAGAAAUGAUCAAGGAGUUUGAAAAAGAAAAAGACUUGCAAAUGCACAAGGAGGCUACGUUAGAGGGUACUAUUAAGGAAUUACAGAAUGAAAAGGAUUCACUUAUACAGAAAGAGGCUAUGUUAGAAGGCACCAUUAAACUAUUACGGGAUGAGAAAGAUGCGCAUAUGCAAAAAGAGGUCACAUUAGAAGAUACAGUUAAACUUUUACGAGGGGAAUCUCAAUCACUUAUUCAGCAAGAGGCCAUCCUACAGAAGGAAGUUAUACAAUUACGGAGUGAAAAAGAUUCUUGGAUGCAAAAGGAGGUUGGGUUGGAGGAGAAAAUUAGUCGAUUAGAAGACAAAAAAUCCACUUUGGAUUUUGAAGAGGCAAGCUUACAUGAAAAGAUUAAACAGCUACAGAGUGAUAGAGAUACCUGGAAUCUAAAGGAGGAUUUGUUUAAAGAGAUGAUAGCAACUCAAAAAGAUACUAUUGCUAAACUACAAGCACAGGUGUUGGAAUUGGAACAAUCCAGGAAUAAUCUUGUAGAAGAAAACCAACAACUGAUGGGAAAUGUAUCUAAUCUAGAGCUGCAAAUAAAGGAUCGUGAGAGUGUUUCCUCUAGUCGCUCAUCAGUUGAAGGUGCAAAGCAUGUUUCAGAACGUGAAGAGCUGAACUCUCAGAUUGAAGCAGCAUGUGCACUGGUUGAGAAAUUAAUUACAGAGAAUGCCGACCUUGUUGAAAAGGUGAAUGAAUUGUAUGUUGAACUUGAACGGCAUUCUGCCAAAGAUGGACAUUCUUUAACUACAACAUCUGUACCUGUUGAAACUGCCGUUACCAUCAGCCCCAUGUCUAGAUCUGGUGAGGAUAUGUCUACAUCAGGCCAGAAGCUUUAUUCCUCAGACGUUGUGCCGCCCAAAGUGGAGACACAGAGUAAUGGCAACAUGGAUUCUCAGGCUGCGUCAUUGCAUAAUAAUGGUAAUUUGGAUAUUCAGCAUCCUGUAUCAGUGCCAAAUUCACCCAUAUCCUAUGAAUCCAGUGAGAGUGAAAUUGUGCAAAUUCCUUUGGAUGCCAAUGAAGUCCUGGAUCUAGAUUUGCAGUCUGCUACAAAGGUUAACAAUGAAGCUGUCUCAAUUACAGAUGCUCCCCUAAUCGGUGCACCUUUCCGGUUAGUGUCAUUUGUUGCUAGAUAUGUCAGCGGCGCUGACUUGGUUAACAAAAGUUAGUAUUAACUCUAGCACGUAGCUUUUACACUGCCAUGAACAUGGGCAUAGCCCACAUUUUUGCUGAAAGAAUGAAAUGCAGUUCUUUUAGAGAUCAAGGUGGGGACCUUUUAUUCCGCCCCAUCAUCUUGUUGAACUAUCGUAAAAUGUACUUACAUUCAGGAAACAGAGUCAAAGGAAAUACUCAAAUUUCAUAGUGAUU